UUGGGAAAUGGAGAUUUUUCGACAUUUUUGGACACUGUUUGAUACAUGGUCACUGAAGUCUCCGAGAUCUAGAGGAACUCAGUAGACAGAGGCGGUGACCGCUAUAGCUUUACAAGACCUGUGAAAAGUUGAAGACAAUGGUGUUCCUUGUGGAAGUCGAUCGGAGUCCUCUGCCGGGAGAGGGAAACCCGGGCGGACCGGGAGAUCUGUGAAUCGCCCCAUUGUUGUCUUUUUUCUUGUCUAGAAUGAAGCGUUAUGAGCAUGUGUGACAGAGGCGUCCAGAUGUUGAUCACCACAGUCGGGGCUUUCGCCGCGUUCUGUCUGAUGACUAUCGCGGUGGGGACGGACUACUGGUUAUAUUCCAGGGGCGUGUGCCGGAUGAAGACGGUGAGCGAAAACGAGACGAGUCGGAAAAACGAAGAAGUGAUGACCCAUUCAGGACUAUGGAGGACCUGCUGCUUGGAAGGAACAUUCCGGGGUGUCUGUAAGAAGAUCGACCACUUCCCCGCCGAUGCCGACUACGAGCAGGAUGCAGCCGAGUACCUACUGCGAGCUGUGAGGGCGUCCAGCAUCUUCCCCAUCAUGAGCGUGGGACUGCUCUUCAUGGGGGGCCUGUGCGUGGCCGCCAGCGAGUUCUACAAGAGCCAGCACAACGUCAUCCUCAGCGCCGGGAUCUUCUUCGUGUCGGCCGGUCUCAGUAAUAUAAUCGGGAUCAUCGUGUACAUAUCCGCCAACUCCGGGGACCCCGGGCAGAGCGACUCCAAGAAGAGCUACUCGUAUGGCUGGUCCUUCUACUUCGGGGCACUGUCGUUCAUCAUGGCAGAGAUGGUGGGCGUCCUGGCCGUGCACAUGUUCAUCGAGAAGCACCGGCGCCAGCGCGCCAAGUCGCGCACCGAGCUCAUCAAGCGCUCGGCCUUCGCCCGCAUCCCCAGCUACCGGUACCGCUUCCGCCGGCGCUCGUCCUGCCGCUCCAGCGAGCCCGCCUCCUCCCGCGACGCCUCCCCGCUGGGCAAGGGCUUCACCGGCCCUGCCGGCGCAGCCGACAUCUCCAUGUACACCCUGUCCCGGGACCCUGCCAAGUCCGCCGCUGGUCCGCUGCUCAACUCCGAGAGGGAGUUCCUCCAGGGUCACAACUCGGCGCCUGCCGAUUUCAAAGACCCCAUGCACAGCAACACCGCCAACAGGAGGACCACCCCUGUGUGA